ACUAUCUGACAUGGAAGCUUCCAUGCGCAUACCAUCUGAACUGUAAACGCACUGAGUGAUAUUCAGACACUUUUCUUUGUUUUGUUUUCGUGUUUGCUUUUUAGAUAUGAGGUAUCUGCUCCGCCUGGGCCGCUCCUUCGCCCGCCUCCAUGUCCGGUUAUGUCACCAGAGUGUUUACAGCAGCCAUUCAAACCCACGAAGACUGGUAGUGGACCUUGGCGAGAAGAAGCUUGAGAUCUCUACCGGGAGGCUUGCUAGAUUUGCUGAUGGCUCUGCUGUAGUUCAGUUGGGCGAUACGUCUGUGAUGGUGACUGCUGUGAGCAAAACCAAACCCUCUCCAUCACAGUUCAUGCCUCUUGUGGUGGACUACAGACAGAAAGCGGCUGCUGCAGGUCGAAUUCCCACUAACUAUUUGAGGCGAGAGCUGGGCACCACUGACAAUGAGAUCCUCACCAGCAGACUCAUAGACAGAUCCAUCAGACCCCUGUUCCCUCCUGGUUACUUUUAUGAUACUCAGGUCCUUUGCAACCUGCUGGCAGUUGAUGGCAUCAAUGAUCCAGAUGUGCUGGCUAUUAAUGCAGCUUCCGCUGCUCUGGCCUUGUCUGACAUCCCCUGGAAUGGACCCAUAGGUGCUGUGCGUGUGGGCAUGGUGGACGGAGCGUUGCUGGUCAACCCCACUCGGGCAGAGAUGUCUUCCAGCACCCUCAACCUGAUUGUGGCCGGAGCCCCCAGCAGUCAAGUGGUGAUGAUCGAGGCGUCAGGUGAGAAUGUGAUGCAGCAGGACUUUUGCCAUGCAGUGAAGGUGGGAGUCAAACACACCCAGCAGAUCAUACACGCCAUCCAGCAGCUGGCACGAGAGCAGAAGGUCACCAAACGUACCCCGGUCAAGAUCUUCUCAGCCCCGACGGAAAUGGUGGAACAUGUUCGACAAUCUGCUUCUGAGAAGAUCUAUGCAGUUUUCACUGAUUAUAGUCACGACAAGAUUUCAAGAGAUGAAGCUAUCAACAAAGUUCGACUAGAAACUGAAGAGGACCUAAAAGAAAGAUUCCCUGAGGCUGACUCCUUUGAAGUCAUUGAAUCCUUCAACACUGUGACCAAAGAAGUCUUCCAAAAUUUGGUGCUAAAUGAGUACAAGAGAUGUGAUGGGAGGGAGUUGACUGCCUUACGGAACAUUUCCUGUGAUGUCGACCUCUUUAAACCGCUGCACGGCUCCGCUCUGUUCCAGAGAGGACAAACACAGGUGCUGUGCAGUGUCACAUUUGACUCCCUGGAAUCCAGUGUCAAAGCAGAUAUUAUCACCACAGCUCUGAGUGGCAUCAAAUCCAAAAAUUUCAUGCUUCACUAUGAGUUCCCUCCAUAUGCAACUAAUGAGAUUGGAAGGAUGGGCGGCAUGAACAGGAGAGAGCUCGGACAUGGGGCCCUGGCUGAGAAAUCUCUGAGACCAGUCAUUCCCAAAGACUUCCCUUUCACUAUACGGGUCACCUCUGAGGUGCUGGAGUCAAACGGAUCCUCCUCGAUGGCUUCAGCGUGUGGAGGCAGCCUCGCUCUAAUGGAUGCAGGUGUGCCCAUCUCCUCUGCUGUGGCAGGUGUAGCAAUCGGACUCAUUUCCAAGGCCAACCCAGAGAAACCUGCUGACAUCCAAGACUACAGAUUAUUAACUGAUAUUCUGGGAAUAGAGGAUUACCUCGGAGACAUGGACUUCAAAUUGGCAGGAACAAACAAAGGCAUCACUGCUUUACAGGCUGACGUGAAGAUCCCAGGUUUGCCUCUGAAGGUGGUCAUGGAGGCUAUCCAGCAGGCCACAGUGGCAAAGAGGGAAAUCCUGGGCAUCAUGAACAAAUGUAUAGCAAAGCCCAGAGAGACGAGGAAAGAGAACGGACCUCUUGUUGAAACUGUCCGGGUACCUGUUUCGAGACGAGCACGCUUUGUUGGUCCAGGGGGCUAUAACCUCCGUAGGCUGCAAGCUGAAACAGGUGUGACAAUAAGUCAGGUGGACGAGGAGACUUUCUCUGUGUUCGCUCCAACACCAGGAGCCAUGCAUGAAGCCCAAGAGUUCAUCAGUGAAAUCUGCAAAGAUGAUCAAGAGCAGCAGCUGGAGUUUGGUGCUGUCUACACUGCCACCAUUACUGAGAUAAGGGACAUUGGUGUAAUGGUGAAACUUUAUCCCACCAUGAGUGCUGUCCUGCUGCACAACUCACAACUGGACCAUAAACGGAUCAAACAUCCAAGUGCUUUGGGUUUAGAGGUGGGGCAGCAGAUACAGGUCAAGUACUUUGGACGGGAUCCAACAGACGGCAGAAUGAGACUUUCACGGAAGGUGCUCCAGUCUCCCGCUGCAUCCGUUGUCAAGACACUUAGUGAGAGACAGAGCAUCUCCAUGGGUUCAAACAGCAGCCAAACGACCAACACUGACUUGUGACACGCCAGCAUGACAGGCUAACUUCCAGCUUUGGAUAUAAACUGAGUAGAUUUUGCUGCAACAUACUUCCAUUGAGGAAUCUACCAAACCAAGAGCAUCAGAUCUCGUCACAAACUGAACUCAGUGCUGUACAUGAAGAGGUUUACCCUGCUGCUGUGGGUAUGGAUGAGGUUAAACUGCACCGGAGGGAAACGCAGCUCAUCAUAUACAGCGUCCUGCAGUCAUCGUGCUUCAGUGGAUGUGCACAAACUGAGAAGUGUGCUUGGGGAGUAAUGAGCAGGAGACACAUUUUCAACAAGUAUAGAUGUUUUAUUUUUAAAUAUCCCCUUUUUAUGGUAUCUUGUUUUCAGAUUUGCCACCUCAGCUAUCAUUAACAGCAUCAAGCAGUAAGAGGGUUUCCUUAGUUUCUUCCAACACAGUAGCUUUCACCCAACAGACACAGUGCAAUGUCACAAUGAUUUUCUUAUUCAUGUGUGAUAAUACUGCCUCUUGUGGUAUGGGACUUCCAUAUUUGGUGUCAAGUGUGUGUGUGUGAGUGUGUCCUCUAAACUGCGAGGAUCAAGACAUGUACAAAGAAAGCAAAGUGGGUAAAAUGUUUAGUUGUUUUUUAACACUCCCCUUUAUGUCAUGUUGCAUUUACAGUAUAUGUGAGUCGAGUGUAAAAAGAACAAUCAUUGGUGCUUUGUGGUAUUUCAGCCUUUUCCAGCACAAACAAUAGCGCACACACGAAGAAUCAGACUUAAACCUCGCCCAACAUUCAGAUGCCAACAAAGAAAUACUCUUGAGUGCUACAAAUUGUACUCAGAGAGGAAAAAGGUCAAUACAACCAGGUUGAACUCGGGAUGCAAGGUGGGAUAAAGAAAAAAUGUGAUAUAAAAACAAGGGAAUAAUUAAAGAUAUAAUAAAUUGUUCACAGUUGUAGCCAAUCUUGUCCACCCUACCUUAAGUUUGGAGGCAUCUUCCACCCAUCCUGGAGCAUGCAUAGCUGUUUCAAUACUGUACACAGUUACCAGUUGUACGUCCCAUGAAGACAGUUGCUUGAUAUGUGCAGGGUUCAGGUGGUGGACUCCAAAAUAAUCAUGGUGAAAGGACAGUUUCCUUCACUCGUGAGGCUCAAGAAAUUGUGAAAAAUCUAUGUCAGGAGCUGGUGCCCCAUUAUGCGAUCGACUGUAGAGCUGUUUACAAAAUUAUUCGGCCUCAGGCUGAAUUUGUUGUUCAGUUUCUAACUCUCAAUCCUAAAUUUGUGGCAGAAAUUUGCGCCAGAUUUAGAUGUAAUCUCCACUGGGUGACAAAGGAGACAACGUUGAUACACUUGAUUAAAUUCUGGACAGAAGGAGUCCACUGUACUGUCCAAUACUGCUUCAUUAUCUUUUUUAUAGAUACUGUCCCCCUUUGGGUUGGGAAAGUACUAUAUUGAACUGCAACAUGGACAUUUGGGAUGCUUCAUAUCUGUUCUAAUAAACUGACGGGGUAUUGAAAUCA